UGGGUUUCCCUUCUUCAAUGCACUGCAUUUAGUUUUUAAGAGUAUACAAGGAAGGGGAGGAAGAGAGGAUUUAUACUGGUUAGCCUCUGAUGUUGACUGUUCCUUUUGUCUAACUUUUUGUGACUUAUCAUCAUUCGUCAGAUUUUCUUCUUGGCUUCCCCAUAUUCUUGGAGCACAUUGUCAUAUGAACGAAUUUGGGACUGUGGAGAAGCAUGCAAAUGAGUUGAGAUGAGUAUGGCUUUCCUAGCUUACCCAGUUCAGCGUAUGCAUUUAAUCCAGGUAGACUCUGUUCAACGGUGGAUGGAAGACUUGAAGCUCAUGACUGAUUGUGAAUGCAUGUGUAUUCUUCAGUCGAAACCAAUCAGCCUAGAAGAAGAUGCCCAAAGUGAAUUUUCUCUGUCAUCGGAACACAGCGCUUGUGAUAACUUGCAGUUGUUGCUGAAAAGAGCUUGGAUUAUAAGCACUGAGCUAACCAGGAUCGUUCAAAAACUAGAGAAGAACAGGUGGGAGAGGGUCCACAGCAUGACAGUAAGAGUCAACUGCCAUGUCCGUUCAAUGAUAAAUGAAUACAAUACAUUCAAGAGGAAUUCUUGGGAAGAAAUGCAUCAGUAUGAAAAAAUGCUAGUGGAAAAAUGUUCUGAACUUACAACAGUUACUGAAAGGUGCAUCCAGAUUGAAGAUGAGCAGAUAUUAAAGUCUAUGAAAUCUUGUAUUAAUGAUGCUCUAACCACAGUUGCACAGUAUUUUGGCCAAUUGAUAGAACUAGCUUUAACACAUGAAAUAAAGAACCUGGUGAGAGAAAUAGACACAUCAGAUAAUCUGUAUUCUGCUGAGUCAGCUACCAGCAACUUGUUCAGUCUUACCCAGGAAGGCUCUCACCUGUGCCGCAUCAUUGCUAAGGAAGGGGGCAUUGUUGCUCUUUUUAAGAUCUGCCGUCAGGAUUGCUUCAGGUGCCUAUAUCCUCAGACACUCAGGACAUUGGCAUCUGUCUGCUGUGUGGAGGAAGGAAUCCAACAGCUGGAAAAGGUUGAUGGAAUAUUAUGCUUAGCUGACAUCCUUACGGACAAUACCCAUUCCCAAGCUACCCAUGCAGAGGCGGCAGCAGUAAUAGCUCAGAUUACAUCUCCUCAACUCACCAUCACUCAUCAUCUCAGCAGUUUCCUGGAGAACAUGGAAGAGAUUGUCACAGCCCUUCUUAAACUGUGCCAAGAGGCCACCUCUGGAGAAGUUUUCCUGCUGGCUUCAGCUGCACUUGCCAACAUUACUUUUUUUGAUACAAUAGCAUGUGAGAUGUUGCUUCAGCUGGAUGCAAUGAAUAUUCUCAUAGCAGCUUGUGGUGACAAACAGAGAGUGGAUAGUCCCUAUUCCCGAGACCAGGUUGUGACGAUAUUAGCAAACAUGUCUGUCCUGGACCAGUGUGCCUCAGAAAUAAUCCAAGGAAAUGGUGUUCAAGUUUUAAUGGAAAUGCUGUUUGAGAAAUCGUCGUCUGGGAAUUCACCAGAAGUAGCUGCUUGCGAACGAGUUCAGCAAAAAGCCGCGGUUACGCUCGCCCGGCUGAGUCGUGAUCCCGAAGUGGCACAUGCAGCCAUAAACCUUAGUUGUAUUCCACGCCUCAUAGAACUUUGCAGGUCUCCUACCAAAAGAAAUAACAGUGAUUCUGUUCUUGUUGCAUGUUUGGCAGCCUUGCGGCGACUUGCUGUUAUCAGCCCUGAUGGCCUUCAAGAGUCAGAUUUCCAGCAGUUGGUCAAGCCCAGGCUUGUGGAUUCCUUCCUGCUCUGUACCAACAUGGAAGAAAGCUUUGUAUGAACAAACCACAAAUAUAACCCAAAAUAGGAAAUAGUGUUACAUAGGGCAACGUAGCUAAAAUGUUAUUUAUGAUUAAUUUAUUUCAAGUGCUAAAAAAUCAGCAUAGGGGAAAAAAUGAGGCCAUUAGGCACAUAAAAAGAGACCUGCUGGGUCAGACAAAAGAUCUGCCUAGUCCAGUAUCCUGUUCUUGCAGUGGCCAACCAGAUGUCUGUGAGAAGCCGGCAAGCAGACACAAGUACAACAGCCCUCUCCCCAUUUGUCAACUGGUAUUCCAAGGCAUCCUGCCUCCAAUAUCAGAGGUAGUUCCACUGAGAACCUUAGGCUCCAUAAAUUUGUCUAACCUCUUGUGGGAGCACAUUUCAUACUUUAGCUACCCCAUUCACAUUACUUGGAUAAGCCAAGGUAUUAUGAGAGAGGAAAAGAAACAUCUCUCUAUCUACUUCCUCUACACCUCACAUAAUUUAAUGCACCCCUAUCAUGCCUCUCUUUACUCACCUCCCCCCCCCCAACUGAGAAGGCCCCAAAUGUUGAAUUGUGUCAUAGGGGAGUUGUUCCAGCUCCUUGAUUACCAUAUUUUUCGCUCUAUAAGGUGCACCAGACCACAAGACACACCUAGUUUUUGGAGGAGGAAAACAAGAAAAAAAAAAUAUUCUGAAUCUCAGAAGCCAGAACAGCAAGAGGGAUCGCUGCGCAGUGAAAGCAGCAAUCCCUCUUCCUGUUCUGGCUUCUGUGAUAGCUGUGCAGCCUGCAUUCGCUUCAUAACACACACACACAUUUCCCCUUUCUUUUUAGGAGGGAAAAAGUGAGUCUUAUAGAGCAAAAAAUAUGGUAUUUGCUUGCCCUUUUCUCCACCUUCUACAUCAGCAGCCGUGGACCAGAUUAGGCCCCCCAACCUGUUUUCCUCAAGUUUAUUGCUCACCUGCCCCACAACUGCUGUCAUAUAUGAGACCAGAAAAGGCAUGACCACAAAGUAGCAAUGGGGCAGCCUUAUAGGGCACUCCCAAUUGUCCCUUGGCAAGUAAGGGCUGUACCGGGCACAUUUUCAGUUUACACCGGAGGUAAUACAUAGCCAUCAUGGCUGCUAGCCUUAUCCUCCAUGAUUUUGCCAUUUCUGCUCAGGGAAGGAGAUCAGCACAGAGUGCUCUUCUCACCCCCCCCCCUUUGAUUUGUACAGCAGUAUGCAGGUCAUUGCACAGAAU